GCAUCGGUUGUUCUGUUUGGAGCUCACCGGCGGGUUCGGACACAUGAUUCAGAGAGUCUCUGUCAUUUACUCGAAACGUUUGGUGGCAUCAGGGAAAAGUUCAGAGUUGCGCAACACUCGAGAGAAAAUAAGUUUGGGAACUUUUAAACAAUGGAAAAAAAACAAGUUUGGAGGUAGAUGAUUGUUCAGGAAACACAAACUGAACUCCUCAGAUUGGAUCAAGGACGCCCACAUGCUUCAGCAUCAUUUCCAGUUUUCUCCUGAAGAGGAAUUUGGCACAUCAUUGUGAUAAAAGGGAUGAAUGAGGGCCGCUCUGCUCUCCUCAGAAGGUGCAACCUCGCCUUGUCCAAGGCCAACACCCUCGGCUCUUUUCCUGCCAGAUCAGCCGUGUCUGUGGACUCCAGCGAUGGCGGAGCCGCUCAGCCUGAGAGCGACGCGGCGUUCGUCCUGUCGGAGUUCUCAGAGCUGUUCGAGAGCGAGGACGCCUCCCCGUCAACUCAGGACACCAGUCAGGGUUCAGGCCUGGAGCUGGUUCAGCCGGGCCAGCCGGCGGACGGCCGGCAGAACCUGCGGAUGAAGUUCCAUGGUGCUUUCAAGAAGGGCAUCUCCAACCCUAUGGACCUGCUGGAAUCAACCAUCUACGAGUCAAACGUGGUUCAAGGCCCCAAGAAGGCUCCCAUGGACUCGCUCUUUGACUACGGCACCUACAGGAACACCAGCAACCAGAAGCGUCGCAGGAAGAAGCUCCCCAGAGGUAAAACCGAGACGUCCUGCGAUGACGCUCAAAGCUCAGACCCGCCGAAAGUGAUGAAGAUAUUCAACCGCUCCCUCCUGUUCGACUGCGUGUCCCGCGCUGACAUCGAGGCCCUCGAGGGCCUGUUGGAGUACCUGCAGAGUCAUGACAAGAGGUUAACUGACGAGGAAUUCAGAGAGCCGUCCACAGGUAAGACAUGUCUGCCUAAAGCCCUGCUGAACCUUUACGGCGGGCAGAACGACACCAUCCCGCUGCUGGUGGACAUCGCAGAGAAGACGGGAAACCUCAGAGAGUUCAUCAAUACGCCCUUCAGGGACGUCUACUACAGAGGCCAGACGGCGCUCCACAUCGCUAUAGAGCGGCGCUGUAAGCAGUACGUGGAGCUGCUGGUGGAGCAGGGAGCCGACGUUCAUGCCCAGGCCAGGGGACGCUUCUUCCAGCCCAGAGACGAGGGGGGAUACUUCUACUUCGGUGAGCUUCCUCUCUCUCUGGCUGCCUGCACCAACCAGCCCGACAUCGUGCACUACCUGACCGAGAAUCCACACAAGAAGGCCGACCUGCGGCGGCAGGACUCGCGCGGGAACACGGUGCUGCACGCCCUGGUGCACAUCGCGGACAACACCAAGGACAACACGCGUUUCCUCACCAAGAUGUACGACCUGCUGCUAAUCAAGAGUGCCAAGCUCUACCCAGACUGCAACCUGGAGAGGGUGCUCAACAACGACUGCAUGUCGCCUCUCAUGAUGGCUGCCAAGCUGGGCAAGAUAGGGGUGUUUCAGCACAUCAUCCGGCGUGAGAUCAAAGACGAGGAGGCUCGUCAUCUGUCGCGCAAGUUCAAGGACUGGGCUUACGGGCCGGUGUACUCCUCCCUCUACGAUCUGUCUUCGCUGGAUACAUGCGGAGAGGAGCCGUCUGUGCUGGAAAUCCUCGUCUACAACAGCCGCAACGAGAACCGCCACGAGAUGCUGGCGGUGGAGCCCAUCAACGAGCUGCUGAGGGCCAAAUGGCAGAAGUUUGGUGCCGUCACCUUUUACAUCAGCGUGGUUUCCUACCUCAUCACCAUGAUCAUCUUCACCCUGGUGGCUUAUUACCAUCCGACGCAGGGGAAGCCUCCGUACCCGUACACGACGUCCUCUGACUACCUGCGUAUGGCGGGGGAGAUUAUCACCUUGGCGUCAGGAAUCUUCUUCUUCCUCACCAACAUUAAGGACCUCUUUUUGAAGAAGUGCCCCGGGGUGAAGUCUUUAUUUAUUGAUGGAUCCUUUCAGCUGCUGUACUUCAUCUACUCUGUACUUAUUGUUGUCACUGCUGCUCUCUACCUGUCUGGCAUCGAGGCCUACGUGUCUGUGAUGGUGUUUGCACUCGUCCUGGGCUGGAUGAACACUCUUUACUUCACAAGAGGCCUGAAGCUCACCGGCACCUACAGCAUCAUGAUACAGAAGAUUCUUUUCAAAGACCUUUUCAGAUUUCUGCUGGUGUACGUGCUCUUCAUGAUUGGAUAUGCAUCAGCGCUGGUGUCCCUGCUGACGGUGUGUCCUCCACCGGGCACGGAGUGUGAUGGCGACUGUCCCACCUACCCCAACUGCAGGGACCCAGACACCUUCAGCACUUUCCUCCUGGACCUCUUUAAGCUGACCAUCGGGAUGGGAGAACUGGACAUGAUCCACAGUGCGCAGUAUCCUGCGGUCUUCCUCAUCCUGUUGGUUACCUACAUCAUCCUCACCUUUGUGCUGCUGCUCAACAUGUUGAUCGCUUUGAUGGGAGAAACUGUCGGGCAGGUUUCCAAGGAGAGCAAGAAGAUCUGGAAGCUUCAGUGGGCAACGACCAUCUUGGACAUCGAGCGCUCCUUCCCAGUUUGCCUUCGCCGGUCUUUCCGAGCUGGAGAGAUGGUGACCGUGGGGAAGAACUGCGAUGGCACGCCUGAUCGACGCUGGUGUUUCAGGGUGGAUGAGGUGAACUGGUGCCACUGGAAUCAGAACCUGGCGAUCAUCAACGAGGAUCCAGGCAAGAAUGAGACCUGCCAGGUGAACGGGUUGCAGCAGGGCGUCAGAGCUCUGAGGAGAGACCGCUGGUCCACAGUGGUCCCGCGGGCGUUGGAGUUAAGUAAGGGCCCGCAUCCUCGUGAUCUGGUUCUGGAGAUGGAGCCGCUGACGCCCAGACACUGAUAACUAGUGCUGUCUCUCUGUGAGGAGACAGCUGAGAGCCAUCACCAUCAGUGAGAUGACUCUGCUGGGGACGAUUCGGCCAUUAAAGCUAAGGAAUAUGCACAGAUCUCACGUGCCUUUCCCUCUGAGGACGUAGAAUAUAUCUGUAGAGGACGGAGAGCUCCGGAUGUCUUAAAGAUCUCAAUGCGUUAAAGCUAACAGUACUCACCCUGAGAUACAAAUUAAUGACAGAAGGAACUGUAACAUUUUUUUUUUACAAUAAGAAAAGACGACAUAUCAUAAAAAUGUACUGUACCUCAGCUUUUCAGACGUCAGUGGCUGAUCACUCAGGGAUUUAAGACAGUCACGAUAUUUCAGCAUUCCCAGGCUCAUUAUACCGUUACUGAGAAUAGAAUCAUGCUAAUAGCCAGCAGAAUAAUAAUUACUGUAUUAUUGCAUUUGCCGUUUCAAUAAGAUCUUUGAUAGAAAUGCCGUAAGAAAAUGCAAUAAGUAUUCAUAGACUUAUAUAAUAGAUUCAGCUUUUAUUUGCUUGCCUCAUAUCAAAGAUGAUGUAUCAUGGAGAUUGUAUUGCGUAUGCUAAUUUGAAUGUUUAUUGUCAGAGGCGAGGAGAACUCAGAGUAUAGAAAGAGAAUAUACUUAUUUUAUAAAGUUUUUUUUUUUGUUGUUUUUUUUUCCUGCUUCUCGACAUCUUCUAUGCUGUAUUAAUCGAAUAGUUUCCAAACUAUGAGAGUGUCAGACUUGGACUGCCAGCUCAGCGCAGCAGCACAGCUUCCAUUUGAACUGAAACAAUGCACUAUGACAAUUUUCUGAUGUGUGCAUUAUUAUAUGAACACAAAGACAUUGUUCUGAACAAGAUGGGCAUGAUGAGCAGGUUAUAGUUGUCAAGCAAAUAUGCAAAUGCGAGACAAUAGCCUUCCGUGUUAUGGUUUGUCUUUGAAUUUCCAGAGUUAUUGUUCCUUUGCAGCUGGGGUAUUUGCAUAAUCAACUCUCAGGCCUUGCCAUUAUGUGCACCCCCCCCCUCCUCCCCUAUUUGCUGCAGAGUUUUCAUUGCAAUUGGCUCCCUGCCCUAUAUAGCAUCUUGUUUAUGCGCAAACUACUGUAUGCGUGCAUGUAUUGUACUGUACUACAUGACAUGAUUAAGAGCAGAUAGGCCCCACAAUUCAUUCUCACCGAGUCAUUGCUGUUGAAGGUCACAGGUCAUUGUUCACUAUGUUUACAUUGCUUUUAUAGAGAGACGUGUCUAUGCAUUUUUUAUAUAUAUCUAUAUCUAUAUAUUGUUUGUACAUUGCUGCAAAGAACAAUAAACACUGAAUUUAUUAAAUAAAACCA